GCAGGAGCGGCGCGCGGGGAGCUGCCGUGCUCCGAGUUUCUAUGUGGACCAGACUGAAUCAGCACGGUAACCUGUGCGGUGGGUUACUCGUGGAAUAAUCCAUUUCAAGAUGUAGCGUUACAGCCGUGCGAAUUUCGUGUUUGAUUAAUCUAGUCCAACUCGAGAGUGGGAGGACCCACGAGCGUGUGCGAGAACUUUUUGGUGAUGCCAUGACCAAGAAGCCGGACGCAAAGACUAAUCAAAAUUCAAGGACCGUUGACCCAUCAAGUCGUGGAAGUUUUUCGAGAGAUCUGGUUUUCCGAAGAAAUAUCGCCCAAGCGUUGUUAUUUAAGCCCUGCCUGCCGUAUUGUUUAUAAAGGUGCCACCGGUAACGAUGGCCUCAUCCGUGCACCAAAACGGCAGCGUACCUGUUGCCUUGUCAUGCCUGCCGGAGAUUGAACAGAUCAUUCGGAAGUUGGAACAUGGCACGCCACUUAUCAAAUUCUACCAGAAGGGUCGGCCUGAGAAGAGGACCUUCUCGAUCAAGCUGGAAACGCGGCAGGUCAUUUGGUGGCGGCCAGUCACCGGGCGUACAGUGGAAGAAGGAGCGGUUGACCUACGAGAAGUGAAGGAAGUUCGUCUGGGACGAAACUCGAAAAUAUUUGAUCGGUGGCCAGAAGAUGCUAGAAGAUGGGACCCUGCCCAGUGCUUUGUUAUAUUUUAUGGCAGUGCCUUUCGCCUCAAGACAUUGUCUUGUGUUGCUACAUCAGCCAAGGAUUGUGAACAGUGGAUCAAUGGGAUUCGGCACUUGGUUUCUGAUACCUUAUCUGCAUCCUAUCCACUUCAAGUCGAGCGAUGGCUACGUAAAGAAUUUUAUGGCAUGCAGAAUCCUCGAAAUGUGAUAACAUUGAAAGAUCUCAAAGCUUUCUUUCCAAAAGUAAAUUGUAAGCUAUCUACAAGCAAAUUGAAAGAGUACUUUCAAGAGGUUGAUACCAACAGAGCUGGUGAAAUUGGGUUUGAAGGUUUUGCAUCACUGUAUCACAAUUUGAUGCAUGAUGAGAAGCUGUUUGCCGAUUUCUUCAAAAUGUGUACCGAUGAAAAUGGAAAAGUCACUUUGAAGACUUUCCAAAAGUUUCUCAUUCAAGACCAGAAGGACAUGGUGUUCGAGGAUGAAAGGGUUGUGAGCAAGUUCAUGCGUGACUAUCUGCAGGACCCUCUGCGGGAUGCCCAGGAGCCGUAUUUCACUGUGCCUGAGUUCCUAGACUAUCUAUUUUCUAAGCAGAAUGAGUUGUGGGACAGCCAGCACAACAAAGUCAAUCAAGACAUGACGCGCCCACUGACCCACUACUGGGUGGCGUCUUCACACAACACGUACCUCACAGGAGACCAAGUGAAGAGCGAGUCUUCUGUCGAAGCUUAUGCGAGGUGUCUUGCAAUGAGUUGCCGCUGCAUUGAGUUGGAUUGCUGGGAUGGACCGGAUGGCAUGCCCUAUGUGUAUCAUGGCCACACAUUGACAACGAAAAUCAGGUUCAUUGAUGUCAUCAAGACAAUCAAAGACCACGCAUUUGUUGCAUCCGAGUACCCAGUAAUAUUGUCUAUAGAGAACCACUGCACCUUGCCACAACAAAGGAAAAUGGCCAACCUGUUUCAGGAGGUUUUUGGAGAGAUGCUGUUGACUCAGCCAGUGGAAAGAGAUGGUUCGAAAAUGCCAUCCCCUGAGCAGCUAAAGUGGAAAAUUAUUAUCAAGCACAAGAAACUUCCAGAAGGAACAGAAGACAAAGUCAUUGUAAACAGAAGUGAUGAAGGUGGCCAGGAAACUGAUGUCAGCAAUGCUGUGAAAAAUGGCAUCCUUUAUCUUGAAGAUCCAGUUGAUAAGGAGUGGCGAGCACAUUUUUUCAUGCUGACACAAAAUCGAAUGUUUUAUGCGGAGGAACAGCAAAUGCAGGAUGACGAGGAGGAUGGAGAUGGUAUGGAGCUGCAACAGCAGAGAGAGGGUGUGCCCAAUGAGGAGCUGCACUUUGGGGAGAAGUGGUUCCAUGGCAAGCUGGCAGGUGGCCGGCUCAAAGCCCAAGAAUUGUUGCAGCAGCAUGCUCACCUGGGGGAUGGAACCUUCCUGGUGCGAGAGAGUGACACCUUUGUCGGCGACUACUCACUCUCUUUCUGGCGCCAAGGCAAGGUGAAUCACUGUAGAAUAAAGUCCAAACAAGAGCGUGGUCAAACCAAGUACUAUUUGAUUGACACAGUGGCAUUUGACACACUGUACAGCCUCAUCAGCCACUACCAAACACACCCACUGCGCAGCCAGGAGUUCUACAUGUACCUAAAUGAGCCUGUACCCCAGCCCAACAAGCACGAGGGCAAAGAGUGGUACCAUGCAAACAUGACACGUACUCAGGCAGAGGAAUUGUUGAAACGAGUAAAGUAUGAUGGUACAUUUCUUGUGCGGCCAAGUGAGAAGGAAGACAACUGCUUUGCUAUAUCCUUUAGGGCAGAGAACAAGUUGAAGCAUUGUCGUAUCAAGCAAGAAGGCCGUCUUUUUGUCAUCGGUACUGCCCAGUUUGAAAGCCUUGUUGAGCUUGUGAAUUACUACGAGAAACACCCACUCUAUCGCAAAGUAAAGCUCAAGUACCCUGUGAAUGAAGACAUUAUUCGGAGAAUAGGAACGGACACUGAUGAUAGCCCACUGCAUGUAGGAGGCCCUGCAGGAACCUACAUGGAUCCAGACAGCUUUUCUGGAGCAUUUCGUGCUACAGUGAAGGCACUGUAUGACUAUAGGGCACAGCGCGAAGAUGAGCUCUCAUUCUGCAAGCACGCUAUCAUCACUAAUGUAGUACGUCUGGAAGGAGGAUGGUGGCGUGGCAAUUAUGGUGGAAAACGACAGCACUGGUUUCCUGCAAACUUUGUGGAGGUGCUUGAAACACAGGAUGCAUCUGAUGAUGGGUCUGGAGAUGCAAUGCCUUUAGGUACAUUGCAGAAGGGCAGCAUUGACAUUGCUGGGUGUACAGUAGAUAUUCUACAGAGUUGGCCUGGUAGGGGACGUGAAUGGGUGUUUCGCAUAGUGUCACCAACCCAACUAAUGCCCAUUGAGAUUGCUGCUCCCUCAAGGGAGGAGAUGCAAGAUUGGGUGCUCAAGAUUCGAGAAACUGCCCAGUCUGCAAAUGACAUGAUCCAACAAAGGCGAGAAAUGGAGCGAAGCUUGAGGCUUGCUAAGGAAUUAUCCAAUCUCAUCAUCUAUUGCAGAUCUGUGCAGUUCUGUCCUGAAAGGAUUGGAAACUUCACAGAAAUGUCAUCAUUUCCGGAAACAAAAGUUGAGAAAUGGAUGAGUCCUCAGCACUGCUCUUUCUUCCUCAAAUACCACCGGCUGCAGUUUAGCCGUGUAUACCCAAAGGGCAGCCGCAUUGACUCCUCAAACUACGAUCCUGUGCAUUUGUGGAACUGUGGCUGCCAAAUGGUGGCUCUGAAUUACCAGACACCAGACCGACCAAUGCAACUCAACCAAGGCCGGUUCUUGCAGAAUGGGCGGUGUGGAUAUGUACUUCGACCUGAUUUCAUGCAUGAUGAUGGUUACGACCCAUAUGACAGGAGCACACUGAAGUCUGUUCACCCAGUCACGCUGUCAAUCAAGGUCAUCGCAGCACGUCACCUCAUGAAAUCGGGGAGAGGCAUUGUCAGUCCAUUUGUUGAAGUGGAGAUUGUUGGAGCUGAUUAUGACAGCUGCAAAUACAAAACGGGAACAAUACCGGAUAACGGUUUGAACCCUGUGUGGAAUGAGGCGUACAUGUUUGACAUCUGCAAUCCCAGCGUCGCACUUCUGCGCUUUGUGGUACAAGAUGAGGACAUGUUUGGUGACCCCAAUUUUCUCGGUCAGGUCACUUACCCUGUGUGCUGCCUAAGAACAGGUUACCGCAGCAUUCCCUUGAAGAAUGAGUACAGUGAAGAGCUUGAGCUGGCAUCUUUACUGGUGCACCUUGAGAUGCACGCGACGAAGGAGGAAGAUGAAGCAUAUGUGUGCAUUCAGCGCCUGAGAGACGAAAGUCGUGAACUGGGACGAGCUUUAGAGGAAAGUGAACGUCGAGGGGAUGUGCAACAAGCGCAAGCGCUACGCCAACAGCUUUCCACCACCCAGGAACAGCUGCGCACUAAGCGUGAAGAACGGAGAUUGCAGUUGGAAAGAUCUCAGCCAACGUAAUUCGCCAAACAGACAUCUGCAGCGCAUUUAUGAAAUGGAGACCUAGCCAUCCAGAGCUUGCUGAUAAUAUUCUGUAUAGUUACUUUGUUAAGCUUGACUUUUGAUGUGAUAUUUUACACAUCAAUGCCUUUGAGAAGUUAACUGUUGUGGGUUCAGUUAUGUGUGCUAUUCUAUCUAGCCACGCAGCACAGAUAUUUUUGAGCAUUUAAUUUUUUGAGAGCUAUAUGUGUACAUAUAUAAUAUACAAACACUAUUUUUAAAGUUGAAAUGCAUGAACAAAGUACUAGCUUACCUAUUAAGAGGUCACCACACAAAUAUUCAGCUUCUACAUAUAGUUUUUUUUUAUCAGUUCUAUUUUCAUUUCACUGGUACCAAAUAUUUAGGUUGUUGCAUUUUAUACGAGAUUUCAAUGACUGGGUACCCGGUGAGUGUGCCACACUUCUACUUGCAUGUUUCAUAUGGGUGGGUGCACACCAGUAAAAUUUGCUAAAGGGCAUCUGCAUAUUGGUUCCUAAAAAGUUUCCAAAAUGUAAUGACUAGUGCUUUCCAACUGAAGAAGCUGCACAUUUUCAUUUGUUUGCUCUUUCACCUAUCAGCAGUCAUCCUGCUGUGACAGCCAUGCAAUAUGCAGAUUGUAGAACAUGCGAGUCUGUAGUUGUACUUGUAGUAUUACCCGCGCUGGUGGUAACUCGCAUAGCUUUGCAACAUAUGGCUGAUUUAAGGCAAUCUAGCUUUUUACGUGUGGUGACAUUGCUCUUAGAAACAGUCAUCCCUUAGUAUCAAUCUUGUUGACUGUGAGAUCUAUUGACCAAAAAGAUUUGGAACCUGACAACAUGAGUCCUUCCAUGGUUUGGGAACAAGCAGGGCAUUUUCUUACCACUGAAUUGUAGUGCUGUCUGUAACUCCACUCACCUGAGUAGUCUUUCAGCAUUCGUCUGUGGCCAUUUCAAGAAGGGCACUUUCCUUGGGAAAUGAUAGGGCAUGUGGCUCAAGGCUUCCAUGUACACAUACAGUUGGUACUUGUCUGUAGCUGUAGCAAUGACAUUUUUUGGUGCUUUUUCUUGACUGUAGGAUCUAAAGAAAAUUGUGUGUGUUCUUGAAACAGUAUGUGUGAAUAUAUUUCUAUCGAUAGUAUAAAAUACCUCCCUUCAUUUUUGUACAUCCUGGAAAUUUUUCUCAAUACUUUUUGAGAUGUUAAUGUUCCGAAAUGAAUAACCCAGAACUGAGUGCCUCAACAGCAUUCUAAAUACUAUCUCCCCAACCUUCUACAUCUUUGAAGUUCAUUGUAUUGAUGUGAUAUUUUUCACCUGUCUUUCUUUACUUUUCACUCGUCAAAUCAAGGUUGAGACCCUUUGAAAACCUUAUGAAAAUAUAAACAUCAGAACCCCUUGAGUGGCGUUUUUUUUUGCAGCAUGUGUUAGUAAAUAUCACUCCAUCAUACAUCAUUAAAAUGAUAAUUAAACCAAGUCUGGAAACCCUCAUACUCGAUUGUGUCAUGCCUUUAGCAUGUUGUGCGACUUCUACAACCUCAAAAAUACUUGUUGGUACUCCUAUAAGGACAGUGUGUGGUUGAAAGCAGAAAAGCAGUUACAGUAAAUGACUUUGUAUACAGAUGUUAACAAGCAUUAUCAAGAAACAUAUUUAAUAAGGCUUAUUGGUUCUGGAAAAUGCACAAUAUUUUGUAUGGUGCUGCUGCUUCUUCAUAGUCAGCUUUAUUGUUCUUAAUGUUGCAUGUGGUAUUGUAAUCCACUGUCAUGUUACUCACAUGUAUGUUGCAAUAUAAAAUGUUUAUCAUCGUAUGAAUGUGAGAUAAGCACUAAUCAAAGUUCUUGAGUGGCUAUACACUUUUUUUUUAUGUAUUAUAUAUUUUCACAUUAAUCUAAGUUUCAUUACUAACUGCAAUGUUUUAUUAGUUGCCCUUUCUUGCCAAUUGCUAAUGCCUUUCAGUGUUCAGCAGUUGGUAGCAAUUGUAACAAGGAAGAUAUAUCAGAUGCAAGAGCCAAACUUGGACUGUUUAUAUGAGACGGGGCAGGCUUCGAACUUGGUGAAGUAUUGUCUUUGUGUUGGCCCAAAGCUUUAGAACAAAACCUGUGCCCUAAUUUAGUUUACACUGGUAUGAUCACCAUAUUCAUUUGAUAUUUGCAAAAUAUUUUUUUUUGACGCAAGCAUCUAUUGAAGCUCGAGUAGGGUAUUGUGUUGACGGCAUCUUGGUCUUUGUGUUUGUGGGGUAGUCUUGGGCUGCCUUGUUUAGUGGUCACACUAACCAUAAAGAAGUUUAUGAGUCAUGAUGGUCACAUUCAUGUUAUGUGCUACCAGUGUAUGAAACUGCUUUUGCUUUGCUGUAUUGCUGAACACUAACCUCUUGAAAUUUGGAAACCUGUGAAAAAAAUAUUUAGCUAUUCUUCAAAUAUUUAUGGUUAGUGUACUUUGUGAGGCGAUAUACUGGCAUAUAAGACCUAUUGACAGCAGGGGCAUUUACCAUGUUCAUUGAAACAGUUUGUGUGAUUGUAGAAAUGUCUCUGUGAUGUGCAAUCUAAUUUCACUAGUAGAAUAGCCAUUUUUCUUGUUUGUACAGUAUUGUGUUUUAUCAGACAAAACUAUGUGACAUUUGUGUUGAGCAGCUAACCGACUUGCACUACUACUUUCAUUAACUGGCUGUUAAAGCUUUGUGCCAUUACUGCUUUCCUCUUGUUGCCUCCUUGCUCUAUUGAACGUGUUUGUUGGGUAGGUAGGUGACUAUCUGUUACGAGAAGAUAGAAAGCUGAAGCUAAUGGGCAAAUUUAAGUUUUGUAAAAUGAGUGUUGAGAUACAAUGAGCAUACAGUUUUUUUAGGGUUGCAUGAAUGUUCAUUUCCUACAGACAAUCAAGCGCAGCAAGUACUGGAGGGAGAGAAAAAAUUUAGCACCCAGAAUAUAUGCGCAGGGUAGUUGUGCUCCUGGAAAGUUGCAAUGAUUGUGCAGUACGGUUUCACUUUUGUUUUGAGCAGUGAUGAGGUUAAUCAUUACAUAAUUGUCUAGCAUAGUGGAUCAGUGGUUACAGUGCUCAGUUGCUGACUAGAAAGUCGUGGGUUCAAUCCUAGCUGGGUGGUCGCAUUCCGGCGGAGGCGAAAUGAUAGAGGUCCAAGUAUUGUGCGAUGUCAAUGCACGUUAAAGGACACCACAUGGUCUGAAUUUCCGCAGUUCACCCCUACAGCUUCCCUCAUAAUCAUGCUGCUGCUUUGGGACGUAAAAGCCCAAAUAUUAUUAUAAAUCAUGACAUGAUUGUGUGAGCUUGACCGAGACCGAGGCAUAGAUCAUGUAACCCUGUAAAAUGUGUUAAAGUAUUAUAAAUGCUGAGAGUGUUUUCUAAUUUUCUGAAACUAUAAUUGGCGACUGGUUGUUCCAUAUACUUGCAUCCAUAAAAGGAGGCAGAGUUUCAGAAGUCUGCCCUGAUCCCAAAUUUUGUGACAUAUAUAUAUUGGCAGCAGAAGAAACAUUGAACAGAAUUUCACAAGCAGUGCAUUGUUUUCACAAAAAAACUUACUUUUUCGGUGACUCUCCUAUUGCCAAUUUUUGCCUACUUCAAAAACUGGUCAGAAUGAACUUGCACUAAGCAACAACCCCUAUAAUCUGCAAUCAUCAAGUCCAGCUCCUCCACAAAUGCAGUUUACCAUUUGGAGAACCUAAUGCAAACAAAUCUCACUUAUAAAAAAUUCAAGAAAGCUGAAAGGCAUGCAUUUCUUUAAGCUAGGUUGAUUACUAACACAGUUAAGAGAACACAAAAAUCUUAAGAGCAUAAAAUUUCAGUGGUCUAUGAAUGCACCAGUCCCAGCGGUCUCUACCUUACAAGUGAUUUCACUGUCCACUGUCAUUUCAGGCUACACAGUUUUUAAUCAUGCAUCAUUUAUUCUGAAUAUACCUACUUAAAUACAUGCCUAUGAUAAAAACAUCUUUUGUAGUGUUGAUGUUCAUGCAGCCCCAAUUUUUACUGAUGUGUGUGUCAUUACUCUUCUUAUAUUGCAUUUGAAUUCUCAAUUCUUGCCCAUGUUGUAACCCAUUAAUACCACUUAAAUUUUUUUUUUCACUUGUGUCAUCCUAGAUAUUUAUUUGCACUUAUUACUACAUUGCAAACCAUUUAGAGUAUGUGUUGUAGUGAAAUAAAAUUGUGAGUCCCGUGUGAA